GCGAUUUUACUUAUUGAUUUUGAAUAAUACGUCUGACUGAAAGGAAAAUUAAAUCAAAUUCCUAAAACACUUGCUAUAAUUUUAAGUCAGGUCGUAGAUUUCUGAUAAAUUCACUUGUUUCUAAAAUGUGAAAGUAUGUUACUGCAUACUUAUACCCUAGUUCAAUCUUAAGUUAAGUUUCUAUUUUCUUUUCUAUGGAGUAAUUUCAUUAAAGUCUAAGGGCUUGUGGUUAUGAUAUGAACAGGACAAGUUUUUGGACAUAGUGAUAUUUUAGAAAAAUAUAGUAUCAAAACCGGUCAGGGACUAUGAUUCGCGAGAUGUUCGUGAGCUCAGACGAGGAAGACCUUGAGAGCCCUUGCGACAUGGACCCGGAGCGCGCCGGCCUCACGAGGCCCAACCGGGACAUGCACAACCGCUGCUGCGGCGGCAAGGCCUGGUGCAUUAAGGACAUAUGCGGUAUAAUAUGCGCGGUACUAACAUGGAUGCUGAUCUUGUACGCGGAGUUCGUGGUGAUGAUGGUGAUGUUGCUGCCAGCCGUGUCGGCCUACCCGCUUUACAGCUACGUCAACAUAUUCCUGUUCCAGAGCCUGGCCUUCCUGGCCUUCGCCAGCCAUCUGCGCACCAUGUUCACGGACCCGGGCGCGGUACCAAAAGGCAACGCCACCAAGAAGAUAAUCAAGCAGAUGAGUUUCCGCGAAGGCCAAGUCAUCUUUAAAUGCACCAAGUGCUGCAGCAUCAAGCCGGAGCGAGCUCAUCACUGCUCGGUGUGCCAGCGGUGCAUCCGGAAAAUGGAUCACCAUUGCCCCUGGGUCAACAACUGUGUGGGGGAGAACAACCAGAAGUACUUCGUGCUUUUCACGUUCUACAUCGCGGCGAUAUCGAUCCACUCGCUGGCGCUGUCGCUGUACCAGUUCGUGACGUGCAUACGGCACGAGUGGCGCGACUGCAGUACGUACUCGCCGCCUGCCACGGUGGUUCUGCUGCUGUUUCUCAUAGCGGAGGCGUUGCUCUUCGCCAUCUUCACCGUGGUCAUGCUGGGCACUCAGUUGCACGCCAUAUGGAACGAUGAGACGGGCAUCGAACAGCUAAAGAAAGAGCAGGCGCGAUGGGUGCGCAAGUCUCGGUGGAAGAACAUCCAGCAAGUGUUCGGCCGCUUCUCCGUAUUCUGGUUCUCGCCCUUCACCCAGCCCUCGAUCAAGACCAAGCUCGACAGCUACUUGUAUAGCGUUUAACAGGUUAUCUUAUCUACUUCACCAAGCACUUGAUAUUUUUGCGGGGUUGUCGCUGGCGACCACUCCGCGGCUAGAUGAAAUGUGCACUGCACACGCGUUGUACAGAAUUAGCCCGUUUUCACAUUAUCCGAUCCGAUAUCGGAUAUCGGAAGGAUUUCAAUGGAAAAAAUCUAAGAUGGCGCCUGUAAUGUAUGGGAUGUCGAUCCGACAUCCGAUGUCGGAUCGGAUAAUGUGAAACGCACUUACAGAUAUGUUACUCUUCGAAGGCUUCGAAGGAUAUGUGACACGCUCUUAUUGUUCUAAAAAUCAAUAAAAACUACCUGGCAAAAAGAGAUGAUAUCGCACUGCCAGAGCGGCGCGGGCGCCGACUGCUACACAGCUGACACCGGUCUCAUGGGUAUUCCCUACAAACCGGCUCUCGAGUCGCGAGCUAUCAGCUAAGUAAUCCGACUUCGGUGGGGAGGUUCAUGAUUUUAGCAGUUUAUUAUGAUGUGCGCCGUGGUCGCCACAAUAUUAAAAAAUGGCAAUGGCAACGUUGUAGUGUCGUUCCGUUAUCUUAAACAAUAUUGUUUUGAAAGGACAACACUAUGAUGUUGCCAUUUUUUAAUUUGUACUCUUUUUGGCAGACUCUAAAAUUGUGUCAGAUGUUUUUGCGGCCUUCGAAAAGUAACAUAUAUUUGCAGGUGAUUGUACGUAGCUCUGCGGUGGCGAGCAGUGAAUGCAAGACUUUAUAAAUAUGUAUUAUAAUGUAAUGUGCGCUUUCGUGGCGUAAUUCUCAAUCAAUAAUUUGCCAUUGUAAUCGAUGCAUCUCAGAAUAAGCAAUAUUUUUUCAUAUUUACGUGCAAUAAUUUUGCUAAGCGUGUUUUUUCUUAGUUCGGUGGUCGAAGAUACUGCACUAUUUUUGUGAGUAGCUCGAGUAGUAACCGUAAAGGAAAACUUAUAAACAUCACAAAUAUAACUCUGUACAAUUUACAUUUGUAAUUUAAAUAGUAUACAUACAACAUUAGACUUACAUUUUAGGUACAGAUCUUGCUAAUAUUUAGACGACUGACUCGUAAUUUUAUGGUACAUAUAGAAAUAACACUUAGACACGAUAUUGGACGUUAUUACUAAUUACAGCAUCGUAUCAUGAUAUUUUAAUGGUGAUAUAAUUUCGUUACGAUUCCACGUGGUCUCAGUAUCCACUGACGUCUUCAACACCACAAAAAUGUUGCCACAGUGCCUAACUCCGAUGAGUAUUAUUUCAAAGCAUGACGACUUAUUCCAUUGUUAAAUUAAUGUGUACAGAAGAAUGCUUGGAUUUAUUUUGCCAAGUAAAUAAUUGAAACAGAUGUGUUAAGUGCCUAAGAUAUUAUAGAUACAGACGCAGUUACAUGGGCGAUUUCUGAGCAGCAGCAAUAGAAUGAGGAGGCACACUGAAAAUUUUUUUUUUUUUUUUUAAUAAUUUGGAGACACCUUACACUGAUCAACUAAGCCCCAAACCACACCUCGGACACUGACGAUCAAAUAUAUGAAAGAGGCGCGUUCCUAGCACACAGUCUAAGCUCGUGU